AUUAGCGAGCAAUCGGGCAUAGAUCGAGCAAGCAAGAGAUACACUGCACAUAACAUACACACUCAAAGUGUCUUGGGGGCGAGCUAGAUAGAUAGCAACUUAGCAAGGGAAUCGGAGAUGGGGUCUCCUUCCGCCGUUCCAGUAGCAGCGCUGAGCCUGGCCUUGUGCGCCUUGCUCGCCGCCGUGUCGAGGGCGCAGCAGCUGAGCCCUGCGUUCUACGACGGCUCGUGCCCGCACGUCGACGACACGGCGCGGCGCGUCAUCCAGGAGGCCCGGGUCGCCGACCCGCGCAUCCUCGCCAGCCUCGUCCGCCUCCAGUUCCACGACUGCUUCGUCAAUGGCUGUGACGGGUCGUUGCUGCUGGACGACAGCCCGGCGGUAAGAAGCGAGAAGAACGCCGCACCGAACAACAACUCGGCCCGGGGGUUCCCGGUGGUGGACGACAUCAAGGCCGCCCUGGAGCACGCUUGCCCCGGCAUCGUCUCCUGUGCCGACAUCCUCGCGCUCGCCGCCGAGAUCUCCGUUGAGCUGGCAGGAGGGCCGUACUGGAGAGUGAUGCUGGGGCGGAGGGACGCCACGACGGCAAACUUCGAAGGCGCCGACAACCUCCCCGGCCCGACGGAUGCUCUGGGCGUCCUCAGAGAGAAGUUCGCCAGCCUCGGCCUCGACGACACUGACUUCGUCGCCCUCCAAGGAGCACACACGAUCGGCCGAGCGCAAUGCAGGUUCGUCCAGGACAGGCUCGCCGAGCAGCCGGACCCGGCGCUGGACCGGGAGUUCCUAUCCGCCCUGCGCCAGUUCUGCCCGGCUUCGGCGGGGGUGGACGAGCGCCUGAACAACCUCGACCCGGCCACACCGGACGCCUUCGACAACAGCUACUACGUCAACAUCCUACGCAACCGCGGCCUGCUCCGGUCCGACCAGGCGAUGCUCUCGGUGCCGGACGGCGCGGCCGCCGCCACCGCGCCCAUCGUCGGGCGGUUCGCUGACAGCGAAGCCGACUUCUUCCGGAGCUUCGCAACGGCGAUGAUCAAGAUGGGCAACAUUGCGCCACUGACCGGCGACAUGGGGGAGGUCAGGAGGCACUGCAGGGUGGUGAAUCAAAGCUGAUCGAUCGCAGCAGUGGUGUUGUUCAAAGGAGAAGAUAUAAUCGAUCUUGUUCGUUUAUUUGAUUUUUUUUUCAUUCUUUCGAAGGAAUUCAUUUUCCACUUGAAUGGUCGUUGAAGUGUUAAGGUGUAAAAAGAAUUCUAUGUAUGGUGAAUGUGCCAAAUUGGGGAGGAAUAACUUGCACAAACAAAA